GGGCCGGGCCGGGAGGUGCCGGAGGAGCCGGAGCUCGGCAGUGCCGGGAAGGCCCCGGGCAGUUCCCGCUGAGCCCCCGGGCCGCUCCGCUCCGCUCCGCCCCGGUCCCUGCUGCCCCGGCCAUGGCGCAGGCGGCUCUGGGCGCGGCAGGGCUGCACUUUGACGAGCUGAACAAGCUGCGGGUGCUGGAGCCCGAGGUGGCGGCGCAGACGGCGCAGCUCCGCGAGGAGUGCCGGGCCUUCGUGGACAAAACAGCAGAAUUUCAGAAAAUAGUGGGCAGCUUGAUUGAGCUCGUUGACCAACUGGCCAAAGCUGCAGAAAGUGAGAAGAUGAAGGCCAUCGGGGCACGGAACCUGCUCAAGUCAAUCGCAAAGCAGAGAGAGGCUCAGGAGCAGCAGCUCCAGGCUUUGAUAGCUGAGAAAAAGAUGCAGCUGGAAAGGUACCGGAUUGAGUAUGAGACUCUCUGCAAAAUCGAAGCGGACCAGAACGAAUUCAUUGACCAGUUCAUUUUCCAGAAAUAGAGGAUUUUAAGAUAAAAACCAACUCACAUGGAAACUUGACCAUUCCAGAAUCUCAAGAAUUUCAGAUAUAUGCAAUUCCCACUGUGCAGGAGUGCAGAUGGUUUGUACAAUGGAAGGGCUGUACCUUGGUUUGAGCAUACUGUGGCAAUAAGGAAGGCUGACAGCUCACAGCUGCACAGACUGUUCUGGCCUUUGAAUUUUUACCAGUUUUGUACAGUCAGUAGUUAUAAUUCAAACUGCAGUUGAAUUAAUGCUACUGGUGCUUUGUCGUGUCUCUUUUUGAAUUCUACAGCUCUUUCAUAGAAAUCAGAAAAUAAAUUAUUGUUCCCAGAC